GCCACUUAAUAAACCAAUCUUUUUCUUCCUUCGACUCAAUUCUGAGUUCGGAUCCCAUCUCUCACAGCAUGGCAGAGGUUACGAAAAUGAAGCUGAAGGUUGUUAAUCUAGGGUGUAAACGCUGCUACAAGAAGAUCAAGAAACUGCUCUGUAAAUUUCCUGAAAUACGAGACCAGACUUUCAAUGAGAAGGAUGACACCGUGAUAAUCAAAGUAGUAUGCUGCAACCCUGAGAAGAUCAGAAAGGAGCUUAUGUGCAAAGGUCGCGAUAUCAUCAUUCGUAUCGAGGUUAUACCGCCACCGCCACCGCCACCGCCACCACCACCGCCACCGACACCGCCACCGCCACCGACACCGCCACCGCCACCGACACCGCCACCGCCACAGACACCGCCACCGCCACCGACACCGACACCGCCACCGCCACCGCCACCGCUAGUGUAUAUAGCAUUCAUCUAUCCAAGUGGGUGUCGCUGUGACAGAAGCUAUGAUUGCCGCUGUGAAUUCCUUAUUGAAGAAAAUCCCACAUGCACCAUCAUGUGAAUCAUACUCCGUCGUGAUUGUCGUUGUCUGGUUUCUUUAGUUCCUCUUCUCAGUUGGGUGUUGAGUCGGUGAUCAGUUCUUUUCGGUUAUUUUCUCGUCCACAACAUAAAGGUUGUAUAGGCCAAUAAUAUUUGUGGACUAAUAGAUGUUGAUUUCAUCCUUAGAUGCUUAUAAUUCACUUCAAAAGGAGAAUAAAAAGAUUAUCGAAAGCACCUUUUGUAAGGGCCCUUUUGAAGACGUCCUGAAUGUUUCAAUCCUCAGAAUACCCCACAAGGUACUGGUAUGGAACUCUGGUACAGUGGUACUGGAGAAUUCUGCAACCAUUUGUGAACUUUAUGAUCUUUCAGGUUCUAUACAAUUCUGCAAGUCAAUGUCUCAUGUA